CCGGCCGUCCGUCGCCGCGGUGACCGUCCUCGGAGUCUGUCGGCUCGCGCCCCGCCCCCGUUCUGUUGCCCCCUCCCCUGUCGCGCGCGGGGGGUGUUUCUUGCUCCUCCCGAGUUGCCGCCGCCGCGGUCGCCGCUGCUCCUCCUCUCCUCGUCUUGGGUUUCCCAGGCAUUGCUGCCGCCGCUACCUCUGCGGUCUGUAUGAGGAGGAGGAUGUGAAGAUGGCGGAGCUGCAGAUGCUGCUGGAGGAGGAAAUCCCGGGGGGCCGCCGGGCCCUCUUCGACAGUUACACGAAUCUGGAACGGGUGGCAGAUUACUGCGAGAACAACUACAUCCAGUCAGCAGAUAAGCAGCGCGCUCUAGAAGAAACCAAAGCCUACACCACCCAGUCCUUAGCAAGUGUUGCGUAUCUGAUAAAUACCUUGGCCAACAAUGUCCUGCAGAUGCUGGAUAUCCAAGCAUCCCAGCUGCGAAGGAUGGAGUCUUCAAUCAAUCAUAUUUCACAAACCGUUGAUAUUCAUAAAGAGAAAGUUGCGAGAAGAGAGAUUGGUAUUUUGACUACCAACAAAAACACUUCAAGGACACAUAAGAUUAUUGCUCCAGCCAAUCUUGAACGACCAGUCCGUUAUAUUAGAAAACCUAUUGACUAUACAAUUCUAGAUGAUAUUGGACAUGGUGUAAAGUGGUUGCUUAGAUUUAAGGUGAGUACCCAGAAUAUGAAGAUGGGCGGGCUGCCGCGUACGACACCUCCAACUCAGAAACCCCCCAGUCCCCCUAUGUCAGGGAAGGGGACACUUGGGCGGCACUCCCCCUAUCGCACACUGGAGCCAGUGCGUCCUCCAGUGGUACCAAAUGAUUACGUACCUAGCCCAACCCGUAAUAUGGCUCCCUCGCAGCAGAGCCCUGUGAGGACAGCUUCUGUGAAUCAAAGAAAUCGAACUUACAGCAGCAGCGGGAGUAGCGGAGGGAGCCACCCGAGUAGCCGGAGCAGCAGCCGGGAGAACAGUGGCAGUGGGAGCGUGGGGGUGCCCAUCGCCGUCCCGACCCCCUCUCCUCCCAGUGUCUUUCCAGCCCCUGCUGGCUCUGCUGGUACUCCUCCCCUUCCUGCUACUUCCGCAUCUGCCCCUGCCCCUCUUGUUCCUGCCCCUGUCCCUCCCUCCACUGCCCCAGACGCUGCUGGGGGUGCCCAGACCCUUGCUGAUGGCUUCACUUCUCCAACUCCCCCUGUUGUUUCUUCCACUCCCCCUACAGGUCAUCCUGUUCAGUUCUACAGCAUGAAUAGACCUGUCUCUCGCCACACUCCCCCAACAAUAGGGGGCUCGCUGCCGUAUAGACGCCCUCCUUCCAUAACUUCACAAACCAGCCUUCAGAAUCAGAUGAAUGGAGGACCUUUUUAUAGCCAGAAUCCAGUAUCUCUUGCUCCUCCUCCUCCCUCCAUCCUACAGGUAACUCCUCAGUUACCUUUAAUGGGAUUUGUGGCCAGAGUCCAAGAAAAUAUUUCAGAUACACCGCCUCCACCACCGCCUGUGGAAGAACCAGUCUUUGAUGAGUCCCCUCCUCCGCCACCCCCCCCAGAAGAUUAUGAAGAGGAAGAAGCAGCUGUGGUCGAGUAUAGUGAUCCUUAUGCUGAAGAAGACCCGCCGUGGGCUCCAAGGUCUUACUUGGAAAAGGUUGUGGCAAUUUAUGAUUAUACAAAAGACAAGGAAGAUGAGCUGUCCUUUCAGGAAGGAGCCAUUAUUUAUGUCAUCAAGAAGAAUGAUGAUGGUUGGUAUGAGGGAGUUAUGAACGGAGUGACUGGACUCUUUCCCGGGAAUUAUGUUGAGUCUAUCAUGCAUUAUUCUGAGUGAAGCUCAGCAGGGCUAUGCUUCCCUGAAUAGUCAGGUCUUCCCAGAUUAUGAAAAGGCCCUGGGGCUUCCCCUCCAGUGAAAUGAAGGAAGGAUACAAAUGACACAAACUCUUACGGUUUUUUUUGGUUUAUUCCCCAGUAUUAAAAAAGCAAGCUGAAUCUGAACA